AUGGUGCUGAAAAUGGCUCCAUGUGCAGCCCCUGACUCACUCAGGCCACAGGACAAGUGCCUUGUUCCUGGUCAUGGCUCUCUCAUGAAUAUCUACCUUAGAUACCUGUUGGCCUCAGAGAAGCCUGAAGCCAGAACAGAAGCCCUCCCCUUUCCUUCAUCUCCAUCUCUAGUCUCUCAGCACCCCCCUACUCCUUCACCUUUGCUAGACUCUUCGGAAGCCACUGUUGAAACUGACCCCAUGGAGUCUGAUGGCCCUGAACAACCAGCAAAAUGUAGCUGGACUGGAGUUAGCUACCCCAUCCCCAGCCAGUUGCUGAGGGAUGAUGGAGGUGAUUUCAGUGAUGAUCCCCUUGAUGACACCGGGUUGGACCUGUACUGUAAAGCCAAAUUACAGGAGUGGCAAGCAGAUGACAAGUGGUGUGACCCUAAACAUGCUCUCUGUAAAGCAUCAGACAAUGACAUCCAUUGGUUUUUGGGCUGGUGUCUCAAACUCCAGCGAGGGAAAGACUGCUGUCACCUAAAGAGAACCAAGAAAGCAAGCUCAUUCAAAUCUGACUGGCAGAGCUUCUGCCAGUACUAUAAGAAGGUCACCAAGAGCAAGAUGCAUGAUGAAGACAGUACUAAUGUGUGGUGGGGUAUCAAAUUCUUGAUUAUGGAGCACAGCCUGGACAUGCAGAAAGGCAGGAAAGUUCUGGUGUACAUUGAGGACAUGGUUUCAUUCAAUAAGACCAUCCUGUCAACUCAGGAGAAAAAAUUCUGGCUUGGGUUCAAGUGGAUCCAAGUCUGCCUGUACAAUACUUUAGGACUCUUCACCAUACAUCAGAAGAAUGUUCUUCUGAGCUUGCAGUAUAAGGACCUCCAGUUCUCUCUCCAGAAGGACCCCAAGGGAGGCCCUUCAAUACCACUUGUGGAAUUGACAGUGGAGGGAGUUAAAAAGUUUAUGGGAUCAACAGAUUUGAUAAUGUUUCCACUGCCUGAAGUGAUUUAUGGGCUAUUGUUAGUCUUCUGCUCACAUACAUACCUCUUUGGGAUGAUGUUCCAUGCCAAGGCAUUUCAACAUUCUGGACUGACAUCCAUGGCACAGCUGCAGAAGUUAUUUGUGAGUGAGAUUCAUGACUGGCUUUACCCCCUUUUCUCACAUCAAUUCUGCUAUGGAGGUGGCAAGAUUCUCAAUGAGAGUGGAUGGGUCAGUGAAGAACAAUGGAUGCUAAUUAUGAAACAUGCAGACCAUCACACAUUUGUUGAACACUAUCAUCCUCAAACUGUCAGCACUGACAUGAUCUGGACCAUCUGUGGCCUUGAUUCAGAGAAGGAACUCAUGGCUCUGUGGAAAAAGAUGCAACUGGAAUUUGAUGAAAAGCAGGCUUUUCUCAACAUUGAGGCACAGCUUUCAGGAAACAUGGUUGAGGAUAGUGAAGAGGAGCCACUAUCAGAGGACACCUUGCAUCCAAUUCUGUACAAGCUCCUCCAAAAGCUUCUCUUGUAUCCUGCAUCAGAUUGCCUGGAAGCAGAAUGGCAACGCUGCAACGAAGCUGUUGAUUUCAUGGUCCUCUAUUGCAACAUUCUUGAAGGCAGCCCUCAUCACAGACGCCCGAAGAAAACACAGCAACCCAUGGGAAGCGGUGGGCCAGACAGUGACUCCAAUUCAAAGGAUGUUCAUAUGAUUAGAAAACAACCCUCAACUUAUGAUGAGCUCUUGUGCCUCACUGCUGAACACAUUGAAAAAGCUCUGAAACCACAUGCAUGUUUUCAGUGCUUUGCUGACAGAAAGCAACCAGAUGAGCGCCAUGCCAAGGAUGUUCAUCGCACGCAUUCUCGCCUUCGUCCACUGUUGUGA